CGCGCGCCAUGCCAUCGCAUUUAAUCAUGUAACUUUCGGUGUUUUUGUGUGUUUUUCAGUCAAUUUCAACGUGUCUAACUAAAAAGUUUCGUCCGUCGCGAAAAUCCGCGUUUUUUGUUGUAAAGGCAAGCGAAAAUACUCCGGACAAGGACCAGGAAAAGCUGAGAAAGUUCGCUCGGUUGGCGUGGAAGAUGUGACCGUUUUAUCUGUGGUUGUGAGUUGUAUUUUUAUUUUAUAACGACUGUUUUUCGUUUGGUUUGAAGAAAAAUACGCUGUUCCGUGUCAGGAGUAAAGGAUUAUUGGAAUUUCAACGCUGUUUACCGGAAAUAAGUAAAAAUAUCGCAAUUUGGCGGCCUGGGGUGGCCGCUCUCCGACAGCGCCAUGUUGGGCAGCGCCGCCGGGCCGGGGGGGUCAACGCAGAGGGGGGGCUUGUGGCCACUGGCCCCCGCACCGGCUCCCUCGGCCACUACAUUUUCUACAGAGGGACUGAGUAAGUACGGCGUGUACUCGCUUUUCCCCGGGGGGCCGACUUUCGGGAGCGCCCUGUACUCGCACGCGAGCACCAUCGGACGUUUCGCCUCCGGCCACAUACAGCAAUCAUCAGGGAACACCUUUCACGCAGCUCACAAAGUUUCAGACUCGCUGUUCUCCGCCACUGGCUACACUUUCGGAGCUCCCACUCCUCCUCCGGGCUCGCCGUACUCCCCAAUUCCAGUGGCGCAACUGGAACUUUUGGCCAAGGGUUUCCCCAACAACAUUAUCAUCCAACAGCCGGCAGAGUACCCGUCUAGCCCGAAAAAAAUCCAAAUAACCGAGAAAAGAUGCGACGAAAAGUGCUGUUCUUUGCAAAGGGCGCAGCAGAAGAGUUGCCUGUGUUCUUCGCCGGUUAAAAAAGUCCAGGAGAUUUCCACUAAUGGUUGUUCCCGUACGAAUCCCAUCGAAUGGACGGGUGUCAACGUGAAAAAGGAACCGGGUUCGAAUCCCUGCCAAGUGGCAGAAAUCACUACCAGCGUUUCGCCAGUUGUCAAGGUCGAAGUCACCAGUCCCACUCAGAAAAACGAACAAUCGAUCAUAGGAAAUUCACUAAUCAGUGGCAAUGCAGACAACGCCGGAGCUGCUAUGGCUAGCAUGGCUGCAGCGGCCACAUCGGGGGCGGUACCAGGAGGCGGAGCCGUCAUCCAAUGUGCCGACGACAGAGGCGCCGGAUUGGCCAGUUGGUCUAUGGGCGGAGCGACGCACGGACAGGCCCUGGCGACGCCCACGCUGUGGCAAUAUCCUGCGCCUGUUCCAGUGGAACCCAUUCCACUCUCUGUACCCACGAUGCCUCCGGUGGGGUUUCAACUAGUACGGGAUUCCGCCACUGGAGGUCUCCUACUCCUACCCACUACCACCGGAAUAGAACCUCUCCAACAAACUGUGGUUUGGCCAAGUUAUCCUCAACAUUCUUCAGUUCUUCUGCCGUCUCUAUCUUCCAUGCAACCUCCUCCGUUGCAACUCCUCAGCUCAGCCUCGUCAGACUACUUGUCUAGCAGUACCACCCUUCAACACACCCAAACUCAUAGUACCAGACUCGUUGCAGUCACUACAGACACUAAAAGAAAGAUUCCUCUACCUCUACCCGCUACCACUUUGAUCAAAAUCGAAACAGAUGGUACUCUCGAUCAAACCAAGACACUCCAGGCUGUCAGUACCAUAGCUAGUAACACUGGGACUGUUUUUACUACCGACCAAAGCGUACCACCGCUGGUUACAACUCACGUUAUCUACCCUACAAACCUUAUAUUGUCUCAAACUCCCAAUCCUACAGCUGUCGAGUCAAAUUCUUGUAGAUCGCAAGCAACCUCUCCAGUUGCAACAUGUUUGACACCUCCUCCGGAGCUGGUAGUACCGCAUCAGGAAGAAGAACCUAUUAGCAAUGUUCCUGCCAUGAUGGUACAAGAUGCCAGCAACCAGACAGAUACGCCGAUUUGCAGUGAGGAUGAUAACACCACCCACACAAUUCCAGAUGUAAUUGGUGAAGAAAAAAUUAAAGAAAUACCAGAAGAACCAAAAAUAAUCGAAGAACACGCUACAAUAGUUGAAGAAAUUGUGUCAAACGAAACUCUGAUUGAAGCUCCAGUUCAAGAACCCCCAGUAAGUGAAGUAGUAACUUCCUCACGAAUUUUACCGCCACCAACUGAAUGUGAGGUGAUUCAAGAUGAAGAAUCUGAAGAUAAAGGCUCAUCACCAGAUCUAAGCGGCCUAGAACUACUUUCAAACAGUAUCGUCGAGUUUGAGAGUUGUAGAAACUCGGUUGAAGAAAGAUCGUCGGAAUCGUUAUCGGAAACAUCCCAAGACAUCUCCAUAUCACCUCCAGAAGAGAUACCCUCUCCUAAAAUAGAGUCCCAGGACAAUUCUUCGUCCAUUUCACUACACAUGGAGGAUACACUCGGUGGUUUGGAUCUACUCUGUGCUCUAGCCGAGCAAAGAAUCUUGGAGGAAAACAUUGAGAAGCCUGCCAAAGAAAAAUCAGAGAGAUCCAAAGAAAAGCAUAGAAACAAAGAACGCAGAAGGGAGAAAAGGAAAAAGAAACAUUCUUCCGAUGAGCAUAGAAGAAAGAAACUUAAAAGUGAUAAAAGAAGGUCCAGCGAAGAAAAGCGUGAACGCCAUUCUAGGAAAAAAGAACGUAAAGAGUCUUCAGAUAAAACUGAUUCUGAUAGAGCUGAAAAACAAGAAUGUUCAUGUAAAUACAAGCACUACAAAACGCCCGAGUCUGAGCAAGAAGUCCGGAAAUUCCUUGAAAGCAAAUCAUCGCAGAAUUUCUGUUGCAAAGGAGACUGGCCUUGCAUGAACGCCAUCGAGCUUGACAUGAGAAUGAAACUUGCAGAACUCCAAAGAGAAUACCGUGAAAAACAAAAGGAACUCAGCAAAUUGAAGCCUAAAAAACACUCGCAUCACUCCGAAUGCCCUAAAAAGAAAUCCAGAAAGAAAUCGACUCAUUCAGAACGAAGUAACACACCCCCUCCUUUGCUGGACAAAAUGGACUUGCCUGUUAAAGAAACUAAGGAACCUUCGGAGCUGUUGAAACCUCCCAAAUUGUCCGUGAUGCCUAAAUUAGGGGAGUCCCAUAAAAGACGUCACUCUGAGACGGAAUCUUUGCCAGAAACACACUCUUCGAAGAAGAGGAAAGUUGGGAGGCCUAAAAGACUUAUGACAGGUGGUGAGACAGUCACUACCGAAACCAUAGUUUCCAAGAAGCCUAAAAACAACUUUGUCGAGUAUUUUCUGGCUGCCAAACAAAAACUGAAGCAACAGAACAAAGUUUAUACCGAUUCAACUCCUCCGAGGUAUAUAGAAGGAAACUACAUUCACAAAUUGAAGAAAGUGAAGAAUAAUAACACUAUAAUUUUGGACGACGUGAAGUCUUCGAAGAUACGACCCAAACUCAAGGCUGAAGCGACCUUUAAAGAUGAGGAUGAAUUGAACUCCGAGGAUGAAGAUAAUAUUGAGGAAGAUGAAGAGGUUGUUGGGCAUAGUGAUGAGGAGGUUGCUGAAGAGGAAAUGGAAACAGCGGUGGAAGAAAUGGAGGUUGAUAAGGAGAUUGACGUUAAAAAUGAAGAAAUACCUGUGGAAAAAGAAAAAGAAUGUAAGGAAGUGGAGGAACUGCCCAAUCCAUGCGCGUUGACUGAACAGCAUUUGGAAAUGGAUAAGUUGAGGGUACUGACAGCAAUGGGAGGACUGUUUUAUGCCGGACAAUUGAACGCUAUUGAACCACCUGAUGUCUACUCGAUUACCUUGGAUGGGGAAAGAGGUAAUAGGCCUCAUAUAAUGUCCAGAGAGGAGAUCUUAAGAGAUGCAAUUGUGGAAGUGGCUCCUAAAACAACCGAAGAAUUGAUAAUGGGAACUCGACUGUGUGCUUACUGGAGUCAGCAAUAUCGCUGUCUUUAUCCAGGGAGUGCUGCCGAGCCUGGAACUCCCGAUCCUCACCUGGAUGGCAAAUUUGUGUCGGUUGAAUUCGACGAUGGAGAUAGUGGAAAGAUAUCCCUCCAAGAUAUCAGACUCUUGCCACCUAAUUAUCCCAUUGUUGAAUACGAUCCAAACCCCUUGCUGAGUCUAUCAAAACGCAAACGACGUACUUCUACCAGCGUUUCCACCGAAGAUAAACAUCAACCAAUCGAAACAUCACAAACACCACAAAAUCCAAUAGCCAAACAAACUAUCGCACCAGAACAAUCAACUCCAAAUCCUACCGAAUCGACCCUAACAGAAGACCAUCACAGGGAAAAGAAAAGACAGAAGAAAAAGAAGAGGGAGAAGAUCAAGAAGAAGCACAAGUGCUGCGAGGAGUUUUGCAAGCACAAAAAGCACCACAAGAAACACAAAAAACACAAGAAGCAUCACGACAAAGAAACAAGGUGCAGCACGAGCUCUGAGGAUUCUGUUAAACAGGAUUGUAGCCUGGAGGUUAUCAAUGAAGAAGAGUCUGGGGCAGAAGAUGUUGAAGAAUCAAAGGUUGAAAAUGAAAAUGCUGGAGAGAAAGCAUGUGAAGUUAAAGAAAAUGGUGAUGUAAAUGAUGAAAAUGAUAAUGAAGAUGAUGUGAAAAGUGUUUUAGAUGAGGAAGAGCACGAAGCUAAUACAGAAGAUGAAGCUACGAUGGAUGAAAUUUUGGAUAUAACAAGAAAUAAUAAAUCGAAGAAAAUUCGGGAUAGGCAGGAAUCGUCAGAAAGUAGGAGCAUGAUGAGGGCAUUCUUGCCUGACAGACAGAUGUGGCAUUGGGCUGGCGAUGGUCUAAAACGACGUAAAGGCAAGACAAAGUACAAAAAGUGCAUCUAUUACAAGUCGAUUGAACGUGGCAAAGAAUCAAUUAACGUGGGCGAUGCUGCAGUAUUUUUGUCAACUGGCAGACCUGACAGGCCGUACAUUGGCAGGAUCAAGUCCAUGUGGGAGGAUAACGGUAGUAUGACCGUCCAAGUCAAAUGGUUCUAUCAUCCAGAAGAGUUGCAACAUCACAAUUUGACUCUAAAAUAUCCAGGCGCACUUUUUGAAUCCGACCAUAUAGACGAGAACGACGUUCAAACUAUAUCGCACAAAUGCGACGUGGUACCACUCAAAGACUAUAUCAGGCGUUUCGGGAACGACCCCCUCGCCUACGACACUGUCUACGAAAAUAAUGACAUGUACUACCUUGCCGGAUUGUACAAACCUACCACUUACUUCCUCAGGAUGGAACCGAACAUACCAACAAACCAAGACACUUAAUAUUUCCCUGUAUUCUCCAGGGAAAUUCUGUUUAUUAUUACUAACUCAGUACAAAGAAUCUAUUGUAGUUACUUACUUUUAGGUCUGAGAAUCAUGUUGUACAGAGUGGAUGAACGUUUUUUUUUGGUAGUAUUGACAAUACGGAUCGGAUGAAAAAGAAAUAAUUAUACAGGAGUAUUGAAAAGCCUAAAAGAGCAAUAUAUACACAAGAUAGAUGUUGUUUGAAUGUAAGGAAAAAAUCUAGUGAUUUUUGGUGCUACCGUUUACGACAGACGUUGGUUUUUAUAUAUAUUUAUUUGUUCAUGUUUAAGUGUAUUUAUAAUCUCUCUUCUCUCGUCUCGCGUUGAGUUAAUAUUUUUACGCGUUCUCUCGUGUGAUAAUCACAUGUUUGUUUGUGUUUUUUUGUAAUAUUAAAUAUGAAGAACAAAAUAUUUGAAGUUGUUGCAAGAUAGGCUACUGUCGUAAUCACCAAUAUAAUCAUUUUAUAUUGUCUUAGUAAACCUUUUCUAAAGCCAGACAUAUUAUAAUCUACAUGACUUUUUCUAUGGUGUAUUUUAGAUCUCAUAGUUUCACUGUAUAUCAGAUAUAUCAUACUCUCAACAGCAAUUUUGAGAUCUCACAAUUUAUUUACAUAGACUCUGUCUUUCCUAAACUUUUUUAUUCAAUGCUAUAAUACUCUCUUAAUAAUUUUUCUACAGUCUUUUAAAGAUAUCUCAUCUGUCUCAGUGUCUAUGACAUCUCAUAGGUCAUUUUUAAAGACUCAAGAUGUUAUGACGCUGAUUAUAAAAUAGAACGCGUUGUAAUGGUAUACUGCAGUUUUUGUUAAGCCUGUAUAAGUUCUCAUAGGUCUUCAGCAUCUCAAGCUAUAGGUAUACUGUUGAUUUAAAAAAAAAUGCUGUUAUACUGGAUUAUUUCAUUAGUCUAUGAGAUCUCGUGGGUCAUUUUCAGAGUCUCAAUCUUUAUCAAUCUGUUAAGGCAGAAAAAUCAGAUAUAUCUCAUUAUAUUUCUCUGCUACAUUUUUUGUUCAGACUUUAUUAGGUCUCAUAGGUCUUCAGAGUCUUAGUAUUUCUCUAACUGUUUUUUUUUUAUAGAAAUAUACUGUUAUACUCGAUUUUUUUCUAGUCUCUGUGAGAUCUCAUAGGUCAUUUUUAAAAUCUCAAGACAGAAAAAUAAAAUGUACUGCAUUAUAAUAAUACUCUACUCAACUGUUUGUUCAGACUCAAGGUCUCAGAGGUCUUCAUUGUAUCAGUAUUUGUCAAGUUGUUAUUUAAUACUCUCUACUGCAAUUUUGAGAUUUCAUAAGUCAUUUAUGUUAAGUAUUACUACAAUACUCAAAAUAUUUCUAAAGCCUAGGAGAUCUUAUAGGUCCUAUAGAGACUAAAGAUUCAAAUCUCAGUAUUUAUCGGUUCCCUAAUAGUCCUUUUUAGUCUAAUAGUCAGUCUGUUAAAAUAUUUAAAUAUUCUUUGAGAUCUCAUAGGUCAUAUUAUGAGAUCUCAUAGUUUAUAUUCAUAGUCUCAGUAUUUGUCAGGCUGUUGUAUUAAGGUAUUUAAAAAUUGUGCAGAUAAAUUAAUAACUGGGUUUUCUCUUCAGGUUGAUUAAAUCUCAUAAGUCAUCUCUUUAUAGUCGCAUCUCUGUAUUUACCAAGCUGUUGAGUUGAAGAGUAGUCUUGAUGAGGUAUCUCAUCAGAUCUCAUAGGUCAGUAAAAACGAUUAAAUCCCAGUUUUCUGUUUCCAUGAUAUCUCAUAGGUCAUUUAGAUUUUGGGUCUUUCUCUGACUGUUGAGAUUAUAAUAAACCAUAAAACAACGCUAGUAUUUUGGUGAUUACGACUGCAGUCUAUAUAAAAAAGGAAUAUUAAAGAUUUGGUCUAUCUGUUUAGUCUAAUAUCACCCAAAAUGGGCCGUAUUAGAAUACUUAAAUGAUAUUUCAGUUUUUUUCUGACUAGAACUAGAAUUUCUUCCCAUACCUACUUAUUGAAAAAGAAAAACACAAAACAAAUGAACCAGGAUAUAAAAUUAAGUAAAUUAUAUUUAUAUUUAGGAUUAAGGAACCAAAAAAAAGCAAUUAUUAGAUUUUGGUGUCAAAAAACUUUUCCCAUACAAAUUUAUCAGUAGUUUGUUGCCUGUAUAUACAUAUUUAACUUCUAGAAUCAGUCUAGUUUUUCGUGUCUUUGAUAUAAUUAUAUAUUGACAGAAAAUUACACAACUAUAUAUCUAUAUAAAUAUAUAUUUUGAUAUUAGGACCAAUAGCUACAUACGUCAUUUUGGUCUGUUUAACUUAAUAAGGUACCCUAACAAAAAAAAUAAUAAGUAUAUUAUCUAAAAUUUUUCACAAUCAUAUAAUAAUUAUGAAACGUUUGGACUGUUAAAAAAGGUGCCUAAUUUUUACGUAUAUUCGACCUGAUGACUGAUAACUAUUGGACUAGCAUAUAAAAAAGAUAUCUAUAAAUAUUUAAACAUAAAAAAAAUAAAGUUCAUGUCUGCCAACUCGAAAAAAAUGUUGCGUUGUUACCUGACAUUUGUGUUGGUAGACUUGCAAAGAAAAAAAUAAAAACCCUAGUAAUCAAAACUAGUUUUGCUGGUGAUAUACAUAUCUAAGAUUGAUAUUCUGACUGAAAGUGUAGAAUUUAUAUAAUAAGGAACGUUUUUAAGUUUGAUUUUUAGGGUUUUUUAACUCUUAUUGUAUAGUAAUUAACGUAGUUUUUAAUCUUAAGUACUUUAAACUAUUCUCGUGCAAUGUACUCAAACAAAAUAGUACUUAGAAUGAAGUGAAGAAUCAAAACUUAGCAUUAUUUAAAAGUAUUAUUUUGAGUGUUUUUCUCAGUUAAGUUCGCAAAAAGAAUUUUUGUAUUCUUUACACUUCCAUUUUUUCUUAUACCAGUGAUUUGAAAAUCAGUAUGAGUUUUCAGAGCACCCUGUAUACCAUUAACGUUAAUAUAUUUUCAGUUUUAUUUGAUAUAGUAACCAAGUAACACAUUCUUAAGCGUCAUUUUUGUGAAGAGUGUGUCGCUUGGUAAAAACUCCAGCUCAAGUGAGUUUAAUUUUUUUUCGAUUUUUUUACUGUUUAGUUUUCUAGUUUACCAAUAUACGCUUAUACAUUUUUUAGGUGCUUAAAAAGUAUACAAAAUAGGUCGACUCUGUUUUUAGAGUUAUUUUUACUCGUUUUUUUUUCGUUUUUGGUCCUUGAAAAUUUCUUUUAGAAUGUCUUCUAAAAAUUUUUCCGCCAUUCUUACGUAGUAUCUACGUUCAAUUUUAUUAUAGGUUUCUUUUCGAGAAAAUUGAGAAAAAAAAAACGGUGUCAUAGUAGUCGAAAAUUUAACAUUUCGGAAGCUACCGUAACGUUGUUUUUUUUUUCUCGAUUUAAAGUUAUUAGGCAUUCUAAAGAAGGCAUUUUUUCAAACUAAUAAGAGUUAUAUAUUUAAAGAAAAAAAAA